AUGUCUCGCUCGGAAGAAAUCACCCAGAACGAGGUCAGAUUUCCCACGCAGCAGUUGUUCAUUCUAGCAUUGUGCCGCUUUGCCGAACCUAUUGCUUUCACCUCGAUCUUAGCAUACAUAUAUGUUUUUACGCUCGACCUGAGACCAGAUGAUGAGGCGAAUGCUCCGUUCUUUGCUGGCCUGCUGGUCUCGGCCUUUGCCCUUGCAGAGGCCGCGACCUGUGUCAUGUGGGGGAGCAUCAGCGACCGCUAUGGCAGGAAGCCCAUAGUUUUGAUUGGUUUGGGUGGUACCGCCUUGUCUAGCUUGAUCUUCGGCUUUGCUCAGAACUAUUGGGUUGGUCUGGCAGCGCGAGUUAUUGGAGGGGGUCUCAAUGGUAACGUCGCCGUCAUUCAAACCAUGGUUUCUGAGAUGGUCAAGAGCCCAGAUCAUGAGCCCCGUGCUUAUAGCGUCAUGCCCUUCGUCUGGAGUGCCGGCUCUAUUCUUGGGGCGGCCAUGGGCGGCUAUCUGGCACAGCCCUCCAAAAGUUUCCCAUCCAUAUUUCCUGUCGAUGGCCUUUUUGGGAAAUAUCCCUACCUCCUCCCCAACUUGGUGGCAUCUGCUUACAUUGCCUUUGCCAUCGUGAUUGGGAUGAUUUUCCUUCGAGAAACCAACACUUCCCCUACCCAGAAAUCACGUCCCCAAGAGGAUAUUUCCCAAGCCUCGGCGGAUGAAAGAACACCUCUUCGUCCAAGGUCGAGCGCGGCCUUGAUGAGCAUCAGUAGCGACCAAGAUCAUUCAACCACCGGCCGACGUCCUUCAUUGAUUGGUACAAACUUGUCCCUAACGACCAGCACUACCGCUGAUCUUCGGAGAGUAUCAACCAUCUCCAUGGGUGCUGUACGUCCACUGAUACCGUCCAUCUUCGAAGGUCACCAGGCCGAAUCAGAAGAUGGAAAUGACAUCCCUGCAACACCAUGGAAUCGUGAGGUGGUUCUCCUAAUCGUGCAAUUGAUCGUCAUGUCCUACCACCAAAUGGCCUUUGCAUCAUUGCUACCCGUGUUCAUCGUGGAUGAGCCGACGACUGGCCAUCUCGAUUUACGAGGAGGCCUUGGGCAGACUGUGCGAGACGUCGGGACGUAUUUCUCGGUGACAGGAGUGGUUGCCAUGUUGAUCCAAGUUCUCGUCUACGCACCAUUGGUGGAGAGGGUGGGUGUAUGGAGAUCAUUCAUUCUAUUCACCAUCCUAGUUCCCUUGACAUACAUUGUAACGCCAUUCCUCACGGCUCUCGACUCGUCAGGCAUCCAAGUCGGGGUCUAUGCCGAUAUGAUGGCCAACAGCUUUGCGUUGAUCAUCAUCUACCCGUGUCUGCUGAUCCUGAUCAAAAACGCCACACCGUCUCUGUCGAUGCUGGGGCAGGUCAAUGGAUUAGCCAUGGCAGCUUGCUCUGGGGCAAGGACGUUUGCUCCUCCUUUGGCAGGAUAUAUCUACAGCAAAGGAGGGUCGGCUGUCGGAUGGUGGAGUAUCGCAGCGGCUGCAAUACUUGGCGGCCUUCUCUUGUUUCCAAUGUCUCCUCCAGUUGGAGCGGGUGAAAGCGUCUCGGACUGA